AUGCCUGAUUACACAUCUGACGAGUUUAAAUACCAAUAUGUUAAAGAUACACCCAGUGAUAUUGAUGAUGUCAGUAGGGAGGUGAAUGAUUUUAAUCCAAGGGUACAAUUGAAGAAACUGUUCCACGAAGGUCAGUUGAACAAUGGUGAUGCUGAAAUAUUGUCAGAAGCACAUUGUGGAUCAGUGUAUUGUGAGAAACGCCCUUGAUGACUUACAUUGCAAAGAAGCAACACGAGAAACCAGAAAGAAAGAGAAACGAAAUAGAAGAGAUGCAGAACGAAGCUAUGAUGACAUCAACUGGUUGGAGAUUGUGAAAAACAGAACAAUCAACAAAUUAUUGGUCAGCACACUGGAUAAAUACUUGAUCAGGCACAAUAUGAAGGGCUGUUUCAAGCUUAAGAAGAAAGAAAAAAUUGAAGCAAUUGUAAAUCAUGUGAAUCUCCAUUUCAAAACCGCGGUUUUAUUACAGAAAAUGCUGAUAGUGGUGAGGAGAGUAGUGACAGUUAUGAUUCAGAUGAUGAAAUGGACAAGGUAUGUACUUUAAGUUCUACAAUUUAUUUACAAAUCCUAUCAUAUUAAAGUUAAAAUGGUUGACUAAUGACAUUAUACCUCAUUUUAUAUCAAUAAUAGCAAUAUAUUUUACAUUUGCAGGUCAUCACAUGCACUGUUCAAGCAUGCACUGUUCAAGAUAAUGAUAAAGAUGAUGAAGCACCAGGAGAGGACAGUGACAAAAAUGAUGCAGUUGAAAACUUGUUUGUAGCAACAAGGAGUGGCAGAGUGGCUGGAAACUGGAGGCUCUCAACAUACAUUGGUAUUUAA